GUCAUUUUCGUGAACAGCUGUUGUGCUCGAUAUUUGAGGUCGUUGUCGCCGUUGUGCUUUCGUUCAGGUCAGAACCGCCCUGUGUCCCACCUCCGAUCAGCCGCCGACCCUCAGCCUCACUCUCGCACUUACCGCAGGGCCUCCUCGCUUAUCAUCGCUCCCCGACCUCCUCCAAACCUAACUCCUCAGGCUCCACCCCGUCAUCACAACGCUCUCCACUCAUCGCAUUUCAUCCCCAAAUCUCCACUCUUCCCUUUUUUGCGACAAAAUGGGUCUUCCAAUGUGGCGCGCUCCGUCACCAGAGGCCAAGGACGCGAUCAAGGUCGAUUUGACCGCUCCCGCGCGCUCACCCAUCCGCCGCCGUUCACCGUUCGCAGGUCGACGCGUGCGGCCCAGCAGAUCCCCACGAUCUCCACGGCUGCUCGACAGUGUCGACCCCCUAAUGAACUCUACAUCGCAAGUCCUCUCGCACCCAGAGCCUGCCCCGCGCCCCUCGAACGUGCGACCACACCUGCCCCCGCCACCUGUCCCUGAAUCGAGGAACUAUUCCCGCAGUGGCGACUCUGCCCAGGACAUGCCCGAUGUGUUACCCAACGACCAGGCCCUCGACCGGUAUCACGGUGAACGCUAUUAUCGGUCGCUGUACGAGCGGUCGUCGCGUCUCCAGAGGUUUGGGGAGGUGUCACCCAGCUCGCGCCAGCUCCCCGCCUUUACCCCAAACUUUGCGCCUGCCGCUGCUUCGCGCAACUUCCGACCCGGCAAUGGCCUAGAAAGCAGAGAAAGGUCGAGCUUUAGAUCCAGAUCCCCGUAUAGCAGAGUUGGAGCUCGCUCGAGGAGCCCUUGGGCUGAGACCGCCUCGACUACCAGAGACAACCCCACCACGAUCGAAGAUGCUGAUGGCGACAGCAGUGACAAUAACGCGGUUGGAUUCCCUCCGCUUCGUAGGAUGGGUCGUCGCACCAUCGCUGAUGGACCUCUACCUUCAAGCUCGCUCCGAGAGUCGUGGAGCCCAGCGACCACUCUCGAUGGUUUGGGUGACCGCGACCGCAGCAUCAGCCCUGUAGAUGACCACUGGGAUACGAUGCUCAGUACUGUUGCCCCGGACCCUCUUGCGCCUACUGUGGAUUCGUCUUUUACGUCAGCUGCAGCCUCAGCCUCGUUUUCGAAUUCUGGACCCAGCUCACGAGCAGGAAGUUCCAACUCGAACUCUGCAGCCUCGUCCCGGACGCAUUUGACUGUGCCGUCGCGGCGACAUUCUCAUACUGAAAUUUUCAUCCGCGCCUGCGACACCUCUGAAGACGAUACUGCGUCUGAUACCGAGGAGGAGGACAUGGAGUUGAUCCCAGGAGAAUCUAGCACAGGGCAGCAGAUAUACCGCACCCGCCAUCGAUUUCUCGCCGAUGAUCCUCCAAUGCGAAAUCCCAGCCGGUACUCGCGCGCCGUUCGUGAUCGCUCUCGGGAUGCGAGUGCUUACGUUCACAACUUCUAUUCGCAACGCACCCCACGCGAAAGCAUCCACCAACCCGAAAGGCCUCUCAGCGGUGGACUGGAUGCGCUGGCCGAAGCGACGCAAAAUUUCAAUGACGAUAUGCAGACCCUCGAUCAGGAGCUACGAGAUGCACGCGCCAUGCUAGAGCGCCUGGCGCGGAGGGAGGGGGGCAUCCCUGACGAAUUUUGGGCGUCUGUUGGUUUGGCGCGGCCUGCUGCUGAUCGCAUCGAGAGGCUCCAGCAGCGCGAGCGGUUGUAGCCGAUUCCAAUGGAGUUUGGUAUACAUGCAUUGUGGAAGCUCAGGGCCUGCAGGCUGGUCUGACGGCCUCUUCUGUCGCAUGCAAUUUCUGUUUGUCUUUUUUGUGGAGUGGGAUUUUGUACGACC